UUGACAUCUUUUAUGUCAUCAAUUACGCAGAAAUGCGUCUCAGAGCUAGCGCGCGUUCACGUGGGAUUAGAGGAGGUCUAACUUUUGCUAUAAAUUUAGAAAGCCAAGAUAAUAACAGAAGACAAUUUUGCAGCGCUGCCCAAAAGGAGAUGAAAACCUGAUUCAGUUGGUUUUCUGCUGUAUCUGGUCGCGUUUUCUUUAUACAUUCAGGAAUAAAGCUUCAAAGGAAGAAGAGACCAACUGUCAACCAACAGAGGAACACAAUUACAGAGAAGCUGCUAUUUUGAACUCUCUGUGUUGAGAUGGGGCAGCGCUUCUCCAAGCGCAGGCUGGAGGGGACGGAGGGCUUGUCUCCGGGUCGCUUCUCGGUCAGUGAAGAGGCUCCCCCGCAUUACUCCUCUUACGGCACCGGCAGUGACACGGCUGUCAGCAUGGAGACUCCGACACGAAGGUCAUCAGAAGUUGUGAACUCCAGGCAGGACAAUAGACGACCUUCCAUAUACAGCACCAUGGAUGCCAUGCCGCAUCUCGAGUUUUACGCCAACGCCACCGCCACAGGCCGCAUCCGCCGCAGCAGGCCGUCGCUGGAGACGCUGCGCAAGGCUGCUGAUGAUGCAGAAUCCGGCAGUAACACGGGGGACUCUGGCAGGGGGAGUGUUUCGGUGCUACAGGAGACUGCAAACGAGUCCGAGGAAAACGGGCCCGAGGCAAAGACCGCCCAGCCGGUGCGCUUCGGAUGGGUCACCGGAGUUAUGAUUCGCUGUAUGCUGAAUAUCUGGGGAGUUAUUCUGUUCCUGCGACUGUCCUGGAUCACAUCUCAAGCAGGAAUCCUUCUUACAUGGUUAAUCAUACUGAUGUCGGUCCUUGUGACCUCUAUAACGGCUCUGUCUGUAUCUGCCAUUUCCACCAAUGGAAGAGUCUCUUCUGGCGGCGCAUACUUCAUGAUCUCCCGUACUCUGGGUCCUGAGUUGGGGGGUCCCAUUGGUGUGGUGUUUUCUUUCGCCAAUGCUCUCGCUUGUGCGCUCAACACGGUGGGAUUUUCAGAGACUGUCAGAGAUCUUCUCAUUGAGUAUGACUCACAAAUUGUGGACUCAAUCAAUGACGUCCGGAUUAUAGGAUCCAUCACAGUCACUGUGCUGCUUCUCAUCUCAAUGGCUGGGAUGGAGUGGGAAUCGAAGACCCAGAUCCUGUUCUUCUUGGUUCUUAUGAUUUCUUUCACCAACUAUUUUGUUGGCACUUUGAUUCCAGCGACCCCCCAGAAGCAGUCCAUAGGGGUCUUCGGUUACCGCAGAGAGAUCUUCUUGGAUAACCUCUUCCCAGACUGGAGAGGGCCGGAGGGCGACUUCUUCCGAAUGUUUGCCAUCUUCUUCCCAUCUGCCAUUGGGAUCCUUGCUGGAGCAAACAUCUCAGGAGAUCUGAAGGAGCCUGAGAUUGCCAUCCCAAGAGGGACACUGAUGGCCAUAUUCUGGACCACCGUUAGCUAUUUAGCCAUUUCUUCAACUGUAGGAGCGUGUGUGCUGCGCGACGCCUCGGGGAACAUGAACGACAGUCUGCCGCUGAACUUCACCGAGGCGUGUGAGGGACUGAGCUGCGGUCUGGGCUGGAACUUCACCGAGUGUCAGCAGAGCGGCACCUGCACCUUCGGUCUCUCGAAUAACUUCCAGGUCCUGAUCCAGGUCUCUGGCUUUGGUCCGUUGAUCUAUGCAGGCAUAUUUGCGGCCACCCUGUCGUCUGCCCUUGCGUUCCUUGUCUCCGCACCCAAAGUCUUCCAGUGUCUCUGCAAAGACAACAUCUACCCGUACAUCGGCUUCUUUGCAAAGGGUUAUGGGAAGAACAACGAGCCACUGCGAGCGUAUCUGCUGUGUUACAUCAUUGCCAUGUGCUUCAUUCUGAUUGCUGAGCUGAACGUAAUCGCUCCUCUGAUCUCCAAUUUCUUCCUCUGUUCUUACGCUCUCAUCAACUUCAGUUGUUUUCACGCUUCUAUCACUAAUUCACCCGGAUGGAGGCCAUCGUUUCGGUAUUUCAGCCCCUGGACGGGUUUGUUUGGUGCUGUUAUUUCUGUGGUCCUGAUGUUCCUGCUCACCUGGUGGGCGGCGCUCAUUGCUUUUGGUUUAAUCAUCUUCUUAUUCGGCUACGUCAUCUAUAAGAAACCCGAGGUGAAUUGGGGGUCGUCGAUCCAGGCCAGUACCUACAACAUGGCUCUGUCCUACUCCGUGUCUCUAGCAGGAAUUGAAGAUCACGUCAAGAACUACAGGCCUCAGUGUCUGGUUCUGACGGGUCCUCCGACUCUGCGUCCAGCGCUGGUGGACUUUGUGGGCUCUUUCACUAAAAAUGUCAGUUUGAUGAUUUGUGGCGACAUUCUCAUGGACGAUGAGAAGUCUGUGUCUCAGCGCAGUUCUAAUGAGAUGAUAAAGUGGCUCAAUCAGAGGAAGGUUCGUUCCUUCUACACGUCUUUCAAGGCGUCCGAUCUGAGAGAAGGAACCCGGCAUCUUCUGCAGGCUUCUGGUUUGGGGAAGUUGAAGCCGAAUAUUCUGGUGAUGGGAUUCAAAAUGAACUGGCAGGAAAGCAGCAGUAAAGGCAUAGAGGACUAUAUCAACACUAUAUAUGAUGCUUUUGACUCCAACCACGGUGUGUGUGUUCUCCGCAUUAUGGAUGGACUGGACAUCCGAGAUGAGUUAGAGACGGAGGUCAACCAGGCUUUUGAGGUGGAUGAGGCCAUAGAGUCUGACGAUCAGAUUUCAGACGCUGACUCAGAUGUUGACAACAUAAAGAACAUGGCGAACGAUCAGAUCAAAACUGUGUUCCAGAGCAAACAAGGGAAGAAGACCAUUGACGUGUACUGGAUCUCUGAUGAUGGAGGUUUGACUCUGUUAGUGCCAUACUUGUUGACCAGAAGAAAACGCUGGAGACGGAGCAAAGUCAGAGUGUUCAUCAUUGGAGAACAGCAAACCAUGGAGAACGACCGCAAGGAAAUGAUGACUUUGCUCCAGCGUUUCCGGCUGGAUGUUCACGAUGUCAUUGUGAUGACGGACAGCGAAAGGCCACCACUUGUCAAGAACAUGAGGCGCUUUGAGGAAACGCUCGCCCCCUUCAGGCUGAAUGAUGGACAGCUGGACGAGAGGACGGCGCAGCAGCAGAGGUCACAGUUUCCGUGGAAAGUCACAGACAAAGAGAUGGACGCACUGAGACUUAAGACGGAGAAGAAAGUGCGGCUGAAUGAAAUCAUACGGAGGAAUUCGAAGUACGCCGCGCUGGUUCUAGUGUGUCUCCCCGUACCACAGGCAGACUGUCCCAGUUCUCUCUAUAUGUCCUGGCUGGACACGCUGAGCAGCGGUCUGCACUGUCCCGUCCUGCUCAUACGAGGAAACCAGCAGAACGUCAUGACCUUCUACUGCCAGUGAAACACGCCGUUUACUCACUUAUCUGGCUCUUUAAGACAAGACACCAAAGGAAAACUAUUUGGCUUGCUUCAUGUUUCAGAAUACUGGAUGGAAAACAUU